AUGAUUAUCAUAAUAUACAUGAAAAAAGAAGACCCGAUACUGUAACCUUAUCUACUGCUAACCACAUGGCCACUUGUAUUUAUAAACAGGUUUCAAAUUGUGCACCGAUACCUAUUGUAUUUAAUAAUGUGUCAGUUCAUAAUCCAAUAAACAUUGAUGUAAGCAAUAUAUGUUUUCGAUUAAUUCAUGAAUAUCAUGAAAUAUUUGAUAUUGCAUAUACCAAUCGUAAAACUCAAUGGCUCAUUAAUGGAUAA